GAGGAAGAGUCAGAUGAAGAGUCAGAGGUCACUGCUGACACAGAGGCGGCUUAUCAGUCCAAAAACAGUAACAUAUUGUGGACUCCAGCACCACCUCCGAAACAACGAGAGAGAUUACCAGCUCAUCGUAUCAUCAAAAUGACCCCUGGACCAACCAGGCUGGCAUGUGCCAAUGCUGAAGACAUAAGAUCAACAUUUGAAUUGUUUUUCCCAGAUGAUAUUAAACAGAUUUUGAUUGAAAUGACCAAUUUAGAGGGGAAACGUGUAUUUCGUGAUACCUGGAAGGACCUGGACUGGACAGACUUACAGGCCUUUUUUGGUCUGUUGAUUCUGGCAGGUGUGUAUCGAUCCCACCAUGAGGCCAUGAGUAGCUUAUGGCACGGUGUAUCAGGGAGGGCAAUUUUUCAUGCUACCAUGUCACUGAAAAGUUUUACCAAUUUGUCAAGGGUCUUCUGCUUUUACAAAAGGGAUAAAGAGCCUAGCCGACAGAAAAGGGACAAGCUGGCACCAGUAAGGAACAUCUGGGUUAAAUGGGUCGAACGCCUGCCACUCUUGUACAAUCCAGGCCCAAACGUCACUGUGGACGAGUGCCUGGUCCGUUUCAGAGGACACCGUCCCUUCAAACAAUACAUGCCAAGUAAACCGGGCAAGUAUGGCAUUAAAAUCUGGGCAGCAUGCGAUUCCAGCUCGAGCUAUGCGUGGAACAUGCAGAUCUACACUGGGAAAGCUGCCGACGGCAAGUCAGAAAAGACCCAGGGAAUGCGAGUGGUCCUGGACAUGACAGACAGCUUAGAGGGACACACCGUCACGUGUGACAACUUUUUCACCUCGUAUGGCCUCGGCGAGGAGCUGCUCCGAAGGAAAAUGACCAUGAUCGGAACAGUCAGAUCAAACAAACCUGAGCUCCCACCUGCACUCCUGUCAAUGAAGGACAGGGCCCGAUUAUCAUCCAUGUUCGCCUUCACUGAUACGCACACUCUUGUGUCCUACUGUCCCAGAAAAAAUAAAAAUGUGCUGUUGAUGAGCACUUUCCACAGAGAUGCCAAAGUAAGCGACAAAGAUCACAAGAAGCCAGGGAUAAUCCUAGACUACAACCAGACCAAAGGCGGAGUUGACAACCUUGACAAGGUUGUUGCCACUUACACAUGCCAAAGAAAGACAGCUCGUUGGCCCAUGGUGAUUUUCUUCAACAUGUUGGAUGUCUCCGCCUACAAUUCAUUCGUACUGUGGACAGAGAUAAAUCCCUCAUGGAACAAAGGGAAAAACUUCAAAAGGAGGCUCUACCUGGAAGAGCUAGGGGAAACUCUGGUGGCUCCCUACAUGAAAAGACGGAAUUACGUUCCCCGCUCGCCAGCCUCUCAGAAUAUGGUGAUACAAGCACAAGCAUGCUCUUCAGAAAAAGAAGACGUCCUUCUGCUAGCCUCCAAAUAUAAGGUGAUGAAAGCACGAGCAUGCUUUACAGCCAAAAAACCCAGCUCCUCCCCAGUAUCAACCCCCAGCAAGAGGAAAAGGUGUCAGGUCUGUGAAUCAAAGAAGAACACAAAAACCAGUAUGAUGUGCAGUCAGUGUAACAUGUACAUUUGCAGGUCACACGCAAUUAUAACUUCUUAUUGCUAUGCAUGCAAGAAGGUUUAAACAAGACUUAGUCAUGGCUUAUGCGCUGUUUGUUGCUCAGUUUUUAUAGUAGUUAUUCUUUUGCUCUUCUCUUUACUAACUUGUUUGCCAUUGCAAAAUGUAUCAUGUUUAUUGCCUUUUCUCUUG